UCGAGAGGAGUCAAAAUCAGGAAAAGUGCAAAGGAUCAUAAAGUGUGAAAAUUUUAGGGCUCCUCGUACACGCACACAAGGCGAAAGUUUCGGCACACUCACACUAGCGCGCGCACUUCGUCCUGUCACGUUCUCCUCUUGUUCGCUGAAGAAGGCGGUGGAAAUCUGCUGCCUUUUUCGAGGGGGUGGUGGAAAUUUUAGAUGUUCUGUCAGUUUGCGGAGGAAAAGCGUGAGCGCGCGAGCAAAUGAGAAGAUGAGAUGAAAGUGUGAGAGAGGUUGCAAGAGCAAGAGAGAGUUUUGCGAGCGGAUGAGAGAGAUUUGUUUCGUGAGCCUGUGUGAGUGCAAAAAGGACUCUAGUUUAGUGGAUGUGAUGAAGCUCGUCAUCUGAUUUGCCGGAGUUUUCCUUUGAGGGUGGAAGGAUUCAGUGCGAUGGAGCGGUCCUAAGGAUAUUAUUUGAAAAAGCAGAAUUUGUGGAAAAUUUAUAUCUGGAAGUUUGUGGAAAAUUUGCAUAAUCUGGCCACCGCGGUCUCCAGCGGCAAGGCAGGAAGUGACCGGAGCAAAAGAAGGAAAAUUUAGCGGAAAAUCAUAGGAAAAUCAAAUCCCACAGUUUCAGACGAGGAGGGAGGGGUGAAUUACCACCGGGUUGGGAUUACAUAAAGAUUACGCGAUAGGCCGACCCGUGUCGGAACGAAUAUAGAAUCUGUACCAAAUUUUCUGUGUUUGUGUUUGCGCGAUUUUUUUUUUGCUCUUAAGGGUGCACAUCGCAAUUAGAAAAAAAAGCAAAAGAAAAAUUGCGAGUAAAAGUGAGUGAAAAUAAAACGCGGUUUGCGCGGCGGGAAAAUUCGCGACACCGUCGUGAGAAAAAAAGAGAGAGAAAAAGUGGAAAAAGGGGGGUCAAGUGCAAUACUCUCGUUUGGGUCCUGCGAAACAAGGGGAAAAGGGAGGAAAUCUCGUGAUUUGCUCGCGUGUGUGAAUACUCUAAACCAACUCGUGAAAAAAGGUCGUGCGUGGUCGAGUCAUCGACGCUGUGUGAGGCUGCAGCAGCUACGGAUCGUGACGCCAGAGACGGCGGACGUGACGUCGAGGUGAAGACGUAGUUGGAACGCAAAUCUCACGGGCCAAGCUGGAGGAACCGGACGACAGCAUGCAGGUAGUGUCCCCCUGCUCGGCGGCGACCUCGGUCUCCGGCACCGAAACCAUCGUCGCGUCUCCUACUCUUCCUCCUCCGGUCAUUCCGUUCAGUAUACCGUCGUCGGUUGUUCCGCAAACAAAUUCCUCCGGUAGUGCAAGUGCUCCAACGACUACUACAACAACAACAUCAAAUCCGUCAACAGCAGUGCCAUCAAAAAGUGAAUCUCCUGCGCCGCCGGUAGUGGUAGUGCAACCGCAGUCGCGACGGGAAGAACCGGUGACGGAACCACCGACGGGGACACCGCAAAAGAAGACUCUACCUGGGGAUGAGGGCCCGGGUGGGGACACCGGAGAUCCGGUGGUGUCAACGACGGAGCAGCAGCCACCGCCGUUGAUGCAGCAGCUGAACCGGCUGCUGACUCCGCCGGACGACCUGCUCCAGUGGAAGGACAUGCCCCAGCAUUUGCAGUUCAACCCGUACGUGCUGACCGGGUACCGGCCGCUGCAGGGCGUCAAGGGAUGCCUCAGCAGUCUGUUCUACGUGCAUAAUGAGACGAUUAAUAUUUUAACACACGGCAUUCCAAUAGUGUACAUCCUGGCAACAGUUCCGGCAAUGAUGCCAUGGGAGAAGGAGUACCGCUUUCUCUCGUGGUGCCAUCUGGUCGGUUCUGUUGCGCCCUGGUGCGGCAGCUUCGUCUAUCACCUCUUCAUGAAUUUGGAACUCGGCGGAAUGUACUACCGGCUGCUGCAGCUCGACAUGCUCGGCAUCUGGAUCAGCCAAAGCUUUGGUGCCCUCCCGAUGGUAACGGCAACGGUGUACUGCCUCGGUUGGCCCAUCAAGUGGUUCAUCAUCAUAUCGUACUCGUUGCUGUGCAUUUGGGGUCUGUUUAAGGCAAUGACGGCCUCUUCGCCGUGGCAACGACGGAUCUGCUUCCUGUUGCCCUUCACCAUGCGAAUCCUGCUCACGGUGCUCCGGAUAUCGAAGGUUGGCGGGGGCAAUCCGGCCUCGCUGACGCACGUGUUCCUUCAGGACGCGGUGUCGGCGGUGGGCGGGGUCAUCGGGGCGAUGCACAUCCCGGAAAAGUGGUUCCCGGGCAGCGUCGACAUCUAUCUCAACUCGCACAACAUCAUGCACGUGCUGGUCGUGAUGGCCGUGUACUCGAUGCAUCAGGCCACCAUCCGGGACAUUGAGUGGAUGCAGCGGGCGGAAUGUUCCGGCGCGAACCUAACCUCGUCGCUGAACAUAGAAGGCAUCAACGGAACCCACCUGGAGCUAUGACCAGCUGGCGGCGAAAUGUUUGCGUCAAAAACGUGUGAUACUGGCAACGCUGGUUGCCGCCAUCUUGGCCACUUUUGCACCCCUGCGGCGAAGGGGCUCGGACAGCGAUAGGGUCACUUCCACUUCCUGUUUGUCUGGGCGCCAUCUUGAAUUGUACCUCCCCAACCCCUUAAAUUCACCACAACGCGUGACGACGGAAUGGGCGCGUUUUGGGGAUGGAAUGACCCUCCCUCCCUCCCCUUUAAAGCUAGUUUUAAGGCAUGAAAUUUUAGGAAAACAGAUGGAUUCGUCCCCAAAAUUUAGGCAAUUAUGUGGCGAACAUAACCUCAGCUCUUGGUUGCCAUUUUGGCCCGCUCAAAUUGGCCGACACACAACCACUCAACUUUGACAAUUGAUACACUCUGAAUUGUAUAAAAUUAUUUUAGCGUGCAUGCUAAAGAUGUAGAGUAAAAGAAGAGUGUUGAACAAAUAGAGGUGACGAUACUCUCCCCUGAGUCACACGGAGUGUAAGGCAAACUACAAAACUUUUGAUUUUUGCUAAAUGAACGACAAAAAAAGAAGUAUUGGUAUUAUAAAAAUGUGUAGAAAUACAACACUACUAAGAAUACUCAUGAGUUGAUUCCUAUUACUACUUAAUUAACUAGUUAGAUCAAUUAUAUUGAAAACACUCUGCAUGAAAUCUCCAGUUGAAGAAUGAAGGUAGUUCAUUAUCAUCGGUAGAUUGUGAACUAGUUCCACUCACCACCAGCAAUCCUAUCAAAAAAGAAAACAUUAAGCUAUGUAUAAUUUAUUGCAAUUUAGUAGCCUAGUUACUUCCUCAUAAUAUAUAAAAAUUGUAGUCAAAGUAAAAGAUCCAGCGUUAGAAACUAUAUGGAACAAAGCAAAAGGCUGUUUAAAGUUAAUUUAGGUAUGAUUUCCAAAAUCAAGCUUCGUUUCAGCUCUGCAAUCGUGUCUGUAAGCGAGACAUUAUUAGGUUGAAUUGAAAUUAAAGAGUCCCGAUUUUUAUUUUUUCUUUAGUUAAAAAAAUGUGUUUUUGUUUCGGUUUUCCUAGCUUGAAUGGGACAAACUUCUGUUUAAAGUCGGCAAAAAGAAGUUAACGUGUGCAAUUUUAAUUUGUAAUGUCCAUGCAGCAAAAGCUGCUUUUACCUAAAUUCAAGUUGAUUCGUUUGAACGUGUAGCUUGACAUUUUCACACCUCGAAAAUACCCAUGUGUUGAGAAUGACGUUAAUGUUUAGUUGAAAUUAUUUUCCUGACAAUAGUUGGCACACUUCUUAACUCAGGUUUUGCAAAACCCAAACCAUUUCAGAAAUGAAAUUUGGAAAAGUAAAUUAAAGCUUCUUUGGGUGAAUGCUACUCGCGAUUGAGUAAAUUUAAAUCAAUACAAAAAUAUCACUCAAAUUUAGAUGAAAUUCGUCAGAGAUGACCCAGAGAAUGCUCAUUUUUGCACCCUCAAUUCAAAUCACUCAGUUUUCGAAGUAGUUUGAUUUCUGAGUUCAAUUCACUAAAAUCUGACAUUUGCACCACUUACUUAUUUCUGAGUAGGUUCUGUUUCGAUAAAAACUGAGUGAUUUUGAAUGUGCCUGUAAGUAAGUUCGGUUUUAUGGAAAUUUGAUUGAAGAUUACUCAGAAAUGAUUUUUCAAGGCUUUUUUAACCCUCAAACGAGUUAUUUUCUUACGUGAUUUGAAUAUUUAAAUCGAGAAUUUUUUUUUCAUUAAGGCUGGCGUCCUGCCCGUGUGGAUCAAUCGGACCGCGCACUA